AUGGCCACUUUUACGUCCCCCUUAAGCCCUCCCUCCACCGCGAACGAGCAAGUAGACAUUGCGCACCAGCCCAUCAGACCUAUCCUCGAGAAAGACCCAGCUUCUUAUCCUGCGCCUUCUGCAACCGAGAAGGAAGACGGCGUGCCGUUCACGCUCACGCUUCAAGAAGACAAGGGCAACCCAGGCCAAUUCCGGCUUGUCGUCAACAUCAAUGCGGACAACAAUGAGUCGGACACGGCCGCAGGAGGCAAUACUGGCAACACUCCACCUCGGAAACUAUACUUGAACCCCCAAGCCCUGCCUGGGCUGGGCUAUGACGUCUCGUCGUUAUAUCGGACCCAGAAGUCGAGCCCGCCAACGAGUCCCCAAGAGCGCCAGGGCUGGUCUGAUCUCGAUGCUAUUCCGCCGGACUUUUUGAAAAAGGUGGUUCCUGAUUGGGAUAUUCCCCUGAAUAGAAAUGCGUCGACCUCCUCGAAAGAGCCGAAGCGUCUUUCGGACAUCAAGGCUAGGAUCAAGAAGAGCGGGAAAGGAUUCGUUGUACGGCUUUUGAAAGGCGUCAAUCCUGAGAGCAAUGAGGUGGCUGAAGUGCAUUUGGCUCAUCAGGGCGUAGGAAUACCGGAGCUUGACAGCACUCCCCAAGUGGAGCUUGAUGGCAAUGCUGUUCCCAUCGACGCAAACCAGCCCUCGCAAAGCAAUGCUAGAGAAAUACCUGCUAGAAAAACAGAAGUUUUUGAAAUCGGAACGUCUAGCGAAAUAGGCAUCCGAAGGCCUACUGGGGCUCAACCGCAGUCAAUUCCUCAGAUUGCGCCUCAGUCUUUUUCCGCGGUUCCCAGGUGGCUCACUCAAACUCGUAGCGUAGCAUCAAGCCGACUAUCAAUUGGAGAUGACUCUUUCAGCGAUGCCGAAACAUUAAUCUCUGAUAUUAGGCGGCCCAGUAGCCCUUGGGAAGAAGUAGACGACGACGCAACCGACACAGAGCCAAUUUCAUCAGCAACGUCGAGACUACCGACUCGUUCCGCUUCCAUCUCAAGUGUAGUUCCCACACCAACUAGAGGACUAUCUGUUGUAGGCCCGGUCAAACGAGUCAAACAUAGCGAACGCAGUAAAAACACUUCUAGUCCUCUAAAUCGUUCACAUGCCAAGAAGUCUGUUAAACGCCGGUCUCCAAGGAACCUGAGCUGGGCAUUAACUACACCUCUGCAGGCUGACCAAUUUAAGACUGACGCAAAACCCAAAGAAUUCAAUUACCAGCAUGCCUUUGGCGGCCAGUCGUUUGAUGAGCCGCCGGCAGACAUCAGCACAUGGCACCACCCUAUUCAGAUAUCUCGCAGGAGUCCCAAAGGCACCAUCGUUCGCCAUCCCUCCUUGGAAAUUCCGUCUCAAAAUCGAAAGGAAAAGAAACGUUUGAGAUUACAAACCACGGACGUCCCACGACAUCACUCCGCAAAUGCGUCGCCGGCUACUUUAUCGAAUAGACAUACUCCGCGCUCAGCACAGAGCGAAAGGGGCUCCGUGAUAGGACGUGAGCAAGAUCGCACACCACGGACAGUCUCCCCCGUCCAUCCUCAUGUGGACGAAGCACAAGAGCUGCGAUCGGCACUCGAGAGAGUGUUGAAAGACAACUAUUCCGACGACAACGUCGUGGAAAGCUCUGGCAUUCAAUUGAAUGUACAACCACCAGAGAUAGGCGAUGACGUAGGAGAGAUCGCUCUUCCCCCGGAUCUUGAGCUUCGACAGCCGUCAAGCCAAUCUCGCAGUCCAAUCAUGACCUUUAUUUCUCUCGCCUCUACCGCGUUGACUUCCAAGCUGUUCGAGGGGAUCAGUUUCCUGCAAGAUACGUACGGCAGUGAGCCUCCUGUCCCGCGGGAUCAUGUCCGCGUGAGAUGGACUUGUUCCUGUGGAGAACAGUUGUAUGACGACUUCAUCGAGAAACGUCGAGGCGCUGCACGUUUACUAGAAGCUUUUCUUAACCGACCGCGAACACAUGCUCCGAGUGCUCCAGGAAGAAGUAGCACGAGCUCGACUAUGUCUAGCGUCUUCAGCUCUUUAAGCACGGCAUCCACACUGGCAACUCCUCAAUCCACCUAUGACGGCUCCCAAUCCUGGGGACAGGGCGAUCCAUCAAGAUACAGCCCUACGAUGCUGCGGAGCAGCAAUCCCUUCAGCGUUCGAAUCGCUUCCUAUCCUGACCCUCAAUGGCUUCUGACGUGCGCCAACGAAGGAAGAUAUACGCCGAAGAUUGUUCAUCUCGACGUCAACCCUGCUCGGAUCAAAUCAGAUAAGGAUUUCGCUCUAGCUUUGAGAGAGCAUUACGGGAACCUGAACAGGAAAUUGUUUAGAGUACUGAAGUUGCGGGGGCUGAUCACAAUUGACUUCGUACAGUUCGAAAUACAUCGAAACCGCUUCGCAGAUAUACGAAAAUGUCCGGAUAUGCCUUCCCAAAAGUCCGACUAUGAUUUCGAGCCCGUUGAUCUUGUGCCGCCGGUCGGCAGUAAAUAUCUACUACAUCUGUUCAAGCACCCCGAAGACUACGAUGGCGAGCUGAUAACGUAUCUCCGCUCGCCGAAACGUCGCGCUCGCCUUGACUUCGGCGUCGGCUGGGGCAUCAACCUGGUCGAGGGUUUUCUCGCAGAUCGCGUAUGGACGCUGAUCAUGACAUUCUUCAUUAUUGGGAGCAUGGUCUUUGCAAUCGUGUGGGUUAUCAAAAAGGAUAAUGACGUGCAGGGAGCUUUCGGAGUCGCUGGAUGGCUGAUGACUUUGGCUGCGCUGUCAGUUGGAUGGGCACAGGCUUGGUUGGAGUAA